ACUUUUUCCACGGAUUGGCGAAUAAUCUACCCAGUCAGCGUUACCGUUUUCUGUUAACAACCAAUUAGAGUGGAAGAUUAAGGGUGGUCUGGAGAAACGUGUUGUUUGUGGGAAUAUUGUUAAUGGUGGACUUUUUUCCUGUUUUCAUUCUGGUCGAUUGAGUCAGUGAGUAAACUGUGCUUUGGGUAUUAAAUAUUGGAGAACAUAUAGUUGUUAGUAUGGUUCACAAUGGGUCGUAGAAAGUCAAAGAGAAAGCCUCCUCCUAAGAAGAAGAUGACCGGGACUCUGGAAACCCAGUUCACAUGCCCUUUCUGUAACCACGAGAAAUCUUGUGAUGUCAAAAUGGAUCGAGCUCGAAAUACAGGUGUAAUAGCCUGUACUGUGUGCCUAGAAGAAUUCCAGACACCAAUUACUUAUCUUUCAGAACCGGUUGACGUCUAUAGUGACUGGAUAGAUGCCUGUGAAGCUGUGAAUCAGUAAUAAAUGGAAAGUUUCAAAUUUAAACUGCUUUUUUCCUCUCCCCUUUGAUAAUGUUCUGGCAUUUCAGGUGGCUAUUUAGAUGACAAUAUGUUUGCCCAGACACACAAGCCAAUAUCUCAGACUGUUGCGGUUUUCUUUGCUUCUAUACUUGCCAGUACUCCACCAGAAGAAUCUCUUUUUGUCCUUAUUUAAGAAAACUGGUUUCUAGUGCAGCUGAGUCUGCAGAGGUUUUAAGAAGAUUUUUCUGUAUACUCUAGAAUCUUUACAUGAAUUUUGCUGGCAUUUGUGUUUAAACUGUUGAAUUCAGUGUGUGGUUGGUUGUUUGUUUUUUUUUUUUUUUUUAGCAGUAGUAACAUGGAGAAUUUUGACCUAGUCUUUGUUUGAAUAUUCCCUUCUUUUCUAAAACUUUUCCUUUUUUUGCCAAUUUGACGUAGCACAGGGAGCAUUCCUUUUUAAUAGAUCGGACCAAAUUUUUCUUAGUCUUUCCCUUCUCAGUACCUGCACCUACUGCACUGCAGUUUAAACAAGAAUUGCCUAAUUACAUGGUUCUUUUGUUUUACUUCAUUUUUAUGAUGCAAAAAGUUAACCUUCCUGCAUAAAUAAUGGAUCUUCCGUUAGGUGCCACGUACAUAAGCACAGAUGUACUUAACCAGAUCAUGUUAAAUGAUGUAUCCUUUUGGUUACAGAUUUGAAAAGUGCUGCUAUAGCGGGUAAAGUAAAACAGAUGAGGUGAAAUCCAGGAGAAGGCAAGAAUUUUAAUGGCUGUCAUCGAACCUUUGUUGGGGGAUAGGGAAAACCAGUGUGCCCAGUGGUUUCCUGCUUUUUCAGAUUAUUUGUCCAAAACAAAGCAAGCAGUGCAGUUUCUUUAUACUGUCCAGUAUGGUGGCUCACAGUCAGUCUCCUCCUUGAAAGCUAAAUCCCCUGAACCAGCACUCAGAUAUUCAGCCGCUUCAGUGCGGGCAUGCCUGCCUUUGUUUUCUGAGUGACUGGUACGUUUUAGUUUACUAACACUGAUUUGCAUAGGAUACUUUUUUUUCAGCAUCUUUUUGGUAAAUCCUUUUGAAGCAUCUCUAAUUUAAUCAUAAUUUUGGACCAUAACAAAAAUGGGUAAGACAUUAACUGCAGGAUUUACCCGUCAUUCUCUCAUUGUGUGUAUAUAUGUAGAUGUAUAUGCAUAUAGGCAGGCAAAUAAAAAAAAAAAGUACACGUCAUUCCUUUUGCUUCUUUCUUCAAAUGAUUUUACUUUUAAGCAAAAAAAGCAGCUUUGAUUUUUAUUGGACCUUCUGUAGCUGUUUAAGAAAUAGGAGUUCAAAUGUUCACAAAAUGCACAAGUUGAUUUUUGUGCUUGCCUGUUUUUAUUUUGCAUUUGGAUUGACUAAGCUGACAGUGGUUAGAUUGAAGGAAGUUAAUAUUUUGCCACUGACAUCUGCUUGCUUUUAGUCCCAGAAUUCUAGUAUCCUGCUCCUUGUCUGCCAAUUUUUUGGCUUUCAUUCUGACGACCUGACGUAUGUCUUGUAUGGUUUUGUUGGGAAGUAUAUUCACCUAUUUUUCAUGACCCAUGUUGCAUACAUCAUGGCUGUGUAGCGACAUGUAAAGCAAUAUGUCCUGGAUUAAAAUAUAAAAUAUCCAUUUCCUAAACUGGUGUGUGUAAACACACACAAAAUAAUAAUGUAUUUUAUUUGCCCAUCCUCCCCAAAAAGUGGUAGCUUGUCAAAUUUUUAAUUUUUUGUUAGUAUGAAAUAUUCUGUGUAGUAGAUUACUGUACUUUCAUGCCACCUUCUCAGUUUGUAGUGUAAAAUAAAAAGUGCUGGUAGCAUUGUAUUUUUUUUUUUUGCUGGAAGGAAAUGUAAUCUGUUUUCUAUCGUGUAAAACAGUUCUUGUUUAUGUAAAUAUAAAUAAAAGAGCUAUAAAACUGUA